AUGGGGGAUGUUCGCGCACCCAUCAUGGACUGUUCAAGGCUAGAUAGGACUGCCAGCUAUAAGCUGUUCAAGCAAAGUGUUGGCUUUAAGAGUGCUGGCGAAAACAUGCAAUUUCGGAGUGCUAGAAGACUCACUCUAAAGCACAAAGAGGUGCGGGACAGGGGUUUCGGCAAGAAGCAGAAGAAAAGGGGCAAGUUCUGUGAGAAAGGCCACAUAUACGAGCGAGAGAAGUGUCCAGCGUACGGCAAAAAGUGCAGAAAGUGUAAUGGUGACAACCACUUUCAAAGCCAGUGCGACGCUCUGCGAAAGUCGGCUAAACCUAAGUCUCGGUACAAGAGCAAGAGGAAAAACGUGUACUCACUUUACAGAGGCGACUCUGACAGUGAUGACUACUGGACAGUAAGGACAGUCGGCCGGAGAGGUGAGAGGAAAGUAUUUGCUCGCAUGCUUGUCAAUGGUGCAGCUGUUCGUUUUCAACUCGACAGCGGGGCAACCUGCAACAUAGUUCCAGCUGAAGUGCUCUCCCAACAACAACUCGUGAGCAUUGACAAAACACAGCAGAGGGUGCUCACUACCUACGAUGGGAGCACCAUACAACCACUGGGUGAGUGUUGGGUAAAAAUGAUCAACCACAGAAAUGAUGCAAGGUAUAAAGUAGCCUGUGUUGUGCUUCAAGAGAACUGUGUCCCAAUUCUCGGUGUCUCAGCAGCCCAGCAGAUGCAGUUGCUGGAAAUAAGACACGAGAACAUUAUGAAUGUGGAGACACAUGAGGGUCCGAAAGUUGUUCUCACGAAGGAGGUACUAAUGGAGGAGUUCAAGGACGUGUUCGAGGGUACCGGGAGGUUGUCGGGGUCCUUGCACCUGGAAAUUGACACAUCAGUACCGCCUGUAGUUCAUCCACCAAGACGUGUCCCGAUAGCACUAAAGGAAGCAUUAAGAGUCGAGCUAGAAGACAUGAAGAAGAGCAUUAUUGCCAAGGUUACCACUCCAACCGACUGGGUCUCCAGUCUUGUGGUGGUAAAGAAGUCUAAUGGUAAACUACGAAUUUGUUUAGACCCCAAAGACUUGAACAAAGUGCUGAAGCGCAGCCACUACCUUCUUCCCACCGUUGAGGAUGUGCUACCGAAUAUGAGUGGAGUGAAAGUCUUUAGUCUGUUCGAUGCUAAAAAUGGCUUUUGGCACGUUGCAAUGGAUGAGGACAGCUCAUAUCUCACCACGUUCCAUACGCCGUUUGGAAGGUAUCGGUGGAAGAAUAUCAACGACGGCAGGACGAGGCACUUGAAGGCUUGCCAGGCGUGA